AUGAACAUGGCGCCCCCUCCCGCUGGAGACAGGCACGUAGUACAUGGAACUCCGAUUCUCACGUACGUACUGCGGGAACUGCAGGUUUGUUGUAGCACUCUCGUCGCGCGGCCGCCAUCAGACGCUGCGCUUAAGUACCGUUCAAAGGGCGACCAGUACGAACGGUGCAUUUGUGCGUGGCUCGGAGUGGAACGGUCGGUGGUCGAGAUGUUGCCUCAUCUGGGGAACGAGAGAACUGCAUGCGAAAGCAACUAGCCCCCCACAGCCACACCCACGGUCACAACGGCGGUAUGUUGAUCUUCGUACAGCACACAGCCACGGCUUCUUUCGCGGACGCUUCAAGGGAGACAAGCAAGAGGGGUGUCGCAGUAGGCUAUUGCUUAGUAGAAGAACAGAGAGAGUUACAAGGUGCACCCAGAGGUAAGCAUGCCCCGUCCCUCAGACUCCAUUUUUGUUCGUGUUGAGUUUUUUGUUUUGUUUUUUGCCCUUGACAUUCCUGCCAAGGUCGCACAAGAAACCACACCCCGUAUGGGCCGUAUUUCAAAACCCGACUACGGUAGUACUCUACGCCAAAAACGGAGUGGUGGCGCCAAAAAUGGAGGCUGGAACCGUCUCGUCGAGCGCUUUCUUUCCGACAACAUAUCGUGGUGGAGCAGAGGAGAGUCAAGCUAAAUUCGAUUCUAAUGGUAGAAUGAUCGGUCCAGGGGGUAUGAUAUCUUGCGUGACUUACUUGUACUUUUACACAUAUACCUGUGCAAGCUUGCCGCGUUCUAUGCGUUCUCCAGCCAGAUCGUAGCAGGGAGUGAUUGGUGUGCACGAUUGAUUGCGUUGGGGUAUCCCUACGCGCUGCGACGACCCGCGAAUCACGGCUACUUUACUCAUGGUUGUAUGCUUGUGUACCGCAUGUGUGUAGACUAGACUGAUGUUGCUGCCCACAUUCCUUUCGUUGUCCGCUAAGACACCUCAGCGGACUGAACACACAGCUGCUGGGUAUCUUCUCCCCGUUCACCCGGUUGGACCGCAUGGCACGGAAAUCACACCGCUUGCUCAUGGCAUGGAUAGCGAUACCGUUGGGCUUCCUCGGUUGGGAAUGGCGUAUCUUCUUUUCUUUUUUUUAUCCCAAGUGAGGAAUGUAUAGAAAUCGAACGUUGAAACACCAACACAUUUUUUCGCGCAACAGCGGGUCAGCACCAGACCUCCUGAUGUACUACAUGACCAUCAUCAAAGCAACUAGGUGUGUAGACUGUAUGCAUCGAAGGUUGAAACAUGUAUUCGCUUUUUUAAUGCUGUACUACAAUGCGUCAACACUAGACCUCCUCCUGUACAACAUUGCCACCAUCAAAAACACAAUCCUCAACGCAGCAGGGUUGAUCAAAUAUGUCGAAGUCCUUGCCUAUUCUUGUGUGGUGGGUUCGUUGUCGAGACUUGGUGUGCGUAGCGUGUGUUCUCUUGCGUGUUUGUUCUCUCUGAUAUUGUUUUUCCGACCGCCUCGCCUCCUCUUCUUUUUGUGUGUUUCCCGACACAAUUGUCUGUACACAUCGGGGCGAUGACGAUGAGUAAAAGGUUUGAGCGCCCACCUUUGCAUUCCAAACGCCCUCGUGACCAGAGCAUGCCGCUGCAUCGCACCCAAAACCAACCAUGGGUGCACAUUGGACACGGACAGAGAGAGGGGUGGCGGGGGGGGGCACGCGGGCGGUGUUGUUUUUCCGCACCCCUCUCCUGUCUCCCGCCUCUUCUCUUCUUCUGCGGGUCAAAAGAAAAUGGCUACGCCGAAGUUACCGCUUGGUUCCACCCGCACAAAAGAAAGUGGGCACUAUUUGUUUGGUCCCAAACCGCUGGUCCUCCGAGACCCCCCAGGGGAUUUUGUAGGAAGCAAUCCUCUGGGAUUACUCGGGCUGCUGUUCCGUCUUAUACCUUCGUGUUUUUAUCGCGAAAUCAUGAGAGUAGGAACGGGCGGAGCAGGCCAGCGGACACGAUAAAAAUGUCGGGACGUUUGCAGCGGAAGCUUUGCGGGCGGCGGGGAGGGCAUGAUCGAAUUUAGGCGAGACUGAGCCCCGAAAAGUUGUGUCAAUGCGUGCUAUUUUCUUUGGCAGGGACCUACAGGCAGGUAGAUGUGUAGAUGUGCAGACCCAUCCUGCUGUCGUCAUUGUUUUCGCUGUUGUUGUCUUUGCUGUUGUUGUUAUUGUUUGCGGUGUCGUUAUUGUUGUUGUUCGAAGUCGUAUGCUGCGUGUCACGGAGGCAGCACGAGCAGACGACACAUGCAUCACAUCAAGCGUGCACCUCCUGGGUG